AUGGCUGAGGAUGCGGAGAAGGAAGGGGCCAAGCUGGAUCAGAUCCUCGACAGUAUUGAUAUGCUCUUCACGCGGGUCACGGACAUCGGCCUCACCCAACAGAAGAUGCGGGCUCAGUUGGAUCUCAACACUCAAGCGGUAGAUAUGCAGACUGCCGAGCAAAAGAUCAUGGCCAAGCAGAUUGCUGAAGCCGGACAAGCCAUCGCCCAACUCAGGAUCGAUCAGAUGAGUUCUCGGGAAACUCCAUCUUCAGACAGUGAUUCCAUUUCCUCUGCCUGUACUACACCAGAACCAUCACGGCGUCAGCGACCUCGAGGUGAGACUCAUCGCAUUACCACCCGCGAUCCUAUACCUCGCUAUUCUAUGCCCAAAAUGUCUUGCCCCCGUUUCAAUGGUGAUAACCCAGUUGUAUGGAAGGAUAAGUGUUUGGAUUACUUCAAGUUAUUCGAUAUUCCAGAGCACAUGUGGUUUACAGUUGCAUCUAUGAAUUUUGAUGAACCUGCUGCUCAAUGGUUGCAAGUAUACAAAAAGCAACAUAAGUCUACCUCUUGGUUGAAGUUUGUCCUUCCUGUUGAACAGAAAUUUGGUAGAGAUAACUAUAGGAAGGCAGUCAUUGACUUGUUGGAGUUACAACAAUCUGGUACUGUGGAAGAAUACUAUGCAGCUUUUCAGUCUUUACAGUUCCAAAUAUGCAUGUACAAUCCAGAAUAUGGGGAGGUUUUCUUCACUUCUCAGUUUAUUAAUGGGUUAAGAGAGGAUAUUCGUUAUGCGGUUCAAGCUCAAGUUCCUGAUGAUGUUGACCGAGCAUAUCUGUUAGCCAAAAUUCAGCAGAAAAUCUUGGAUAGAAGCAAGAGCAAGUCUCAAAGGACAGGGUUCAGAGAUCAUAAGCCCCAACAAGCCAACACGACAUUAUGGAAGGAGAGACAGUUAAGAGACUACAGGAAGGCCAAUGGGCUGUGUUUCCACUGUGGAGAGAAAUUUGAACCUGGCCAUCUGGAGGUUUGUACUAAGAAAACAAAAGCCCAACUCAAUGCCUUAGUGGUGAAUGAUCUUGAUCAGCCAUUGCCGGAGGAAACUUUAAAUGCCUUGGAAACUGAAGAUGUUCUCACUGAAGAGUUUGGGUACUUAUCUCUCCAUGCGUUGUCUAGUGUUGAAGCUGCUAAUUGCAUGAAACUGAGAGCCAAAGUAAAGAACAAGGUGAUGCUUAUCCUGGUUGAUAGUGGCAGUUCUCAUUCUUUUGUUAGUGCUGAUUUUGUGUCCCAAGUUGGCUUAUCUAUGCAAAAUGUGGGCACCAAAAAAGUUAAGUUGGCUAAUGGACAGAUUCUUUUGUCUGAUAAAAUGGUUCCUAAUAUGGAGUGGUGGUGCCAGGGAAACACUAUGUCUAUGGAUAUGAGGGUUCUGGAAUUGGGGACUUAUGAUGCAAUAUUGGGCUAUGAUUGGCUCAAGAAAUACAGCCCAAUGAACUGUGACUGGGAACAUAACACUUUGGAGUUUGUGGUUGCAGGCAAGACAAUUAAAUUGAAGGGGCAGUCUUCCCCAGAGCAACAAGUCUUACCAAUCAAUGCACUGCAAUUAUGGAAAUGUGCCAAGAGCAAUGACAUAUGGGCCUAUGCAAUACUGGAAGCCUCCCAGCCAAAACAAUUACAACCAAUUCCUGAUUCUAUACAGGAAAUCCUGCUGCAAUAUCAAGAUCUAUUUAAAGAACCCAAGCAAUUGCCACCAUCCAGGGUAUAUGAUCAUGCAAUUCCUCUUCAACCAGGGUCAAUACCAGUCAACUGCAGACCUUAUAAGUACUCUCCACAACACAAAACAGAGAUAGAAAAGCAAGUACAAGAACUGUUGCAAGCUGGGCUGAUAUCUCACAGCACUAGCCCUUUUGCAUCACCUGUGCUAUUAGUCAAAAAGAAAGAUGGGACAUGGAGAUUUUGUGUGGACUAUAGAAGACUGAAUGCCAUGACUAUCAAAAACAGAUUCCCUAUGCCUAUCAUAGAUGAAAUAUUGGAUGAGCUUGCAGGAGCAAAAUAUUUCACAAAGUUGGACAUGAGAUCAGGAUAUCAUCAAGUCAGGAUGCUGUUGGGAGAUGAGUUUAAAACAGCAUUCAAGACCCACCAGGGACACUAUCAAUUCAAGGUCAUCCCAUUUGGGCUGACAAAUGCCCCAUCUACUUUCCAGUGUCUUAUGAAUGAGCUGUUACAGCCAUUUUUGAGGAAGUUUGUUUUGGUUUUUCUUGAUGAUAUAUUAAUAUAUAGUCCCACACUGGAGUUACAUGAAAAGCAUGUCCAACAGGUGUUGGACACACUCAGGGCCAACCACUUGUUCCUGAAACUCAGCAAGUGUUCUUUUGCUCAACACAGCUUGGAAUAUCUGGGUCAUAUCAUUUCAGUAGAUGGAGUUGCAACUGACCCCUCUAAGACAGCAGCUAUGCUCAAAUGGCCCAAACCAACAACAGUAACAGAACUGAGAGGGUUCUUGGGACUCACUGGUUACUACAGAAAAUUUGUGAGAAAUUAUGGCAUUAUAGCAAAACCAUUGACUCAACUACUCAAGAAGAAGAACUUUGGCUGGAAUGACCAGGCUGACAAAGCUUUCAUCACACUUAAGUCGGCCAUGAUGUGCACACCAGUAUUGGCUUUACCAAACUUCACUGAACCUUUCACCAUAGAGACAGAUGCAUGUGGAGAUGGUAUAGGGGCAGUCUUGAUGCAAAAGGGACAACCCAUAGCAUUCCUUAGUAAAGCUUUGGGUGAUAAACAUCAGCACCUCUCAAUUUAUGAAAAGGAGUUCUUGGCUUUAAUCAUGGCAGUAGAAAGAUGGAGGCCCUAUUUACAACAUCAAGAGUUCAUCAUUAAAACUGACCACAAAUCUCUGGCUUAUUUAAAUGACCAGACCUUGCAUUCUGAGAUGCAGCGCAAAGCAAUGGCAAGAAUGAUGGGGUUGAAAUUCAAAAUACUGUACAACAAGGGCUCUAAUAAUGUAGCUGCUGAUGCUCUCUCCAGAGUGGCUCAUCUUAUGACAGUCCAGAGUGUAGCUGAAGCUAAACCCAUAUGGGUGCAGGAGGUGCUAAACUCUUAUGUAACCGAUCCCCAUGCUCAGUCUUUGUUGACACAGCUGGCUAUUACCAGUCCUGAUUCUGCUGGAUUUGUGUUGGACAAAGGACUCAUCAAGUACAAGGAAAGAAUCUGGGUGGGUGCCAAUUCUGCAUUACAGACCAAGCUGAUCAAUGCAUUCCAUGCAAGUGCCAUUGGGGGACACUCUGGAUCUCAAGCCACUUACCAACGUCUGAAGCAGCUCUUCACAUGGAAAGCUCCUACAUCCAUUCCAAGCACCAAUACUUCAGUGUCUGAGUUGGUUGAAGACAGGGCACUGCAUUUUCAAUCCCUGAAGCAGCACCUGUUAGCAGCUCAGAACAGGAUGAAACUUCAAGCAGACAAGAAGCGCAGUCCAAUGCAGUUUAUGGUGGGGGAAAAGUUUCAUGAGGAUUAUACACUAGUUUAUGCUGAGCUACCUCGUGUUACUGAUCUGGCACUCGCCAAUACAAGUCCAGAAGCUGUGUUGGAACGUCGCUUAGUCAAGAGAGGUAAUGCUUCCAUUCCACAGGGAGAGCACCGGCUGCUCGUCUACGAGUACAUGCCACAUGGUUCACUGGAUGGGUGCCUGUUCAAGGCUAAAUCUGAUGAUGCCCUGCCUUGGCACACGAGAUACCAAAUAGCUAUUGGGGUUGCCAAAGGGUUAACUUACCUGCAUGACAAGUGCAGGGAUUGCAUUAUCCACUGUGACAUCAAGCCACAAAACAUAUUGCUGGACGCAUCCUUUGUCCCAAAAGUGUCAGAUUUCGGACUAGCCAAGCUGCUGGGCCGGGAUUUCAGCAGGGUCAUGACGACAAUGCGAGGAACCAUCGGGUAUCUGGCACCUGAAUGGAUAAGCGGCACGGCCAUCACCACGAAAGCUGAUGUGUUUCGCUACGGGAUAAUGCUCUUUGAGAUCAUCUCACACAAAAGAAACAUAGAGCAUGGUGGGGGUCGACGAUGCACGGACAAGUUCUUCCCUAUACUAGUUGCAGAAAAAAUUCAGGAAGGAAAUGUGUGGGCGCUGUUGGAUGUGUUAAGAGUAUAUUUGGUAGUUUAG